GCAAAAAUUUGCAAUGAUUCCAGAAGGGAGAUGGGAGUUAUUUCCUUCCCUAUGGGGACAGGUAGAUAGUUUAGGAAAGAGGAGAGAUCAAGAGACGAAAAUUUUCCUAAAUGUCCCUCAAUGAUGAUACAUAAGGUAAAUUAAAUGACAGCAAGUUGUGAAGGUGGGUACCAGUUUUACAUAUGGCACAUGAUUCUAGUGAGAGAAUUCUUUGGCAGAGCAAAUUAAAAUGCCGUUCUUUAAAUAUAACUGGAGACUCCAACAGAAUGAAGUCACAUUUCCCAAGACUUUUAUUGAUUGUUGACAGUGAGUGGCAUACCAGAAGUGCUUACAUAUUUGUUGGGUAUGUCAGGGGAUGAAUGGUAUGUUCUGCCAAUUACUGACAGUAUAUAAAGGUCCAAGGCUAGUAGAAGACACACAGUUCACCACAUCCUCUCGCAACCCACGUGAAAUCUCUUCUCUUGACAAGAUGUGUUGCAACUACGGCAACUCCUGUGGCUAUGGCUGUGGCUAUGGCUAUGGCUGUGGCUAUGGGCCCUAUUAUGGCUGUAGUUAUGGACCUGGCUAUGGCUGUGGAUAUGGCUGUGGAUACGGCUCCUGCUGUGGCUAUGGCACCAGAUAUGGCUGUGGCUGUGGCUAUGGCUCUGGUUGCUGUGGCUACCGGCCAUUUUGGUAUAGAAGAUGUUAUUCUUCUUGCUGCUAGAACAUCACUGUCCAAGACACAUUUGCUUCUGAAGUGGCACGGCUUAAGGGAGGGCUGAUUCAUUGAAUUAUACCCCAAGAUUUCUAUAUCCAAUGAAUUGCAUGCUUUCUGUAAUUGUGACCUCUAGUUAGCAUUUGUAUGAAGGCUUCCUGUGGCUGAAGGCUAUGUGGUAUCCUCUGACUAUUUUCCAAAUGUUAGUCUUCACUUCCCUAAUCUGGGUUCUUUGUUGAGUCUGUGGCAACAUAUCUAAAAUCCCACAGUGAGGCAAAUCCCUUAUUCUCAAUAAAAAUGUUUCAUUUUUUUCUAAGUAAUCUCUGUGUUCUGGCUAAUGAAUGACUCCUUUUUGAGGUGUAUGGCAUCUUUUGAAACUCGGGCAACAAUAUAUUUCAUGAACCUGGGUCUCUUCCUAGAUAUAAUAUAAACAUUUCUUCUCUUAUGUGCAUCGGAGAUAAUGUCUUCUCCUAUUUCUUGUAUCCAUAACUCCUCAACAUAAAUCACACUGUGUAAGAACUUUGUCCUUGAGGUAACACCGUAUCUAAAUGGAGCUGAAGGCUGGAGGGGUAAGAGGAAGAGUUAGGACACCUCUUCGGGAAGUUGUGACACAAGCUCAAGGGGGAGGAAGUAUGGCCUGAGUGCUUCAAGGAUGAAUGGAGUUGAAGAGAGAAUUUUUGGGAUUAAUGAGAAAUUGGGAGCUGCCUCUGUUGAGAUGUAAGAAACUAAGGAAAUGAGAAGCAAAAGAAAAAUGUGAUAUUGUAUUAUCUGCAUUUUGAUGGAAGUGCAAAUACAUUUGUUGGCAUAUACUGAGUUUCAGUAUAUUGAUUUAAGUCCAUUAAUUGCCAAAUAGUUUUGAAUGUUUUUGAAAGGCAACUGUCACACACCCUGAAGGCUCAGUAGAAAAAUUAUAGGUGAAUUUCUUGCUGUCAGAGUGGUUUCAUUCUAGUAGGUUAAUAAAAAAAAAGAGAAGAAUUAAUUCAGAUAAAUUUAGAGAGAUAAUUCCUAUGGUGUGAAUAAAACAGCAUCCUUGAGAAGACUGAAGUAUUGCAGAGUUAGUUCAAGGAUGUGUUUUGACAUGUUCUGUCACAUGAACUCAUGUCAGUUUCCAGAAAUACUAGAAAGGACAGUUGUAAAUGUAAAGUAGAAA